AUGAUCUCCUUACUUGAUCUACCAGCCGAGAUUCGAUUGAUAAUAUACACCCAUCUAUUAAACCCAAAUGAAUAUGUGAAGAGCUAUCACAAGUUCAGAGACCCUUGGUCCUCCCCGGGCAGCGGUCCUCUUUGCGCCAUUCCUCGACCUUAUGUGAAGCGAUAUACACCAUCGAUUCUUCUCAUCAACAAAAGGAUUACCAUAGAGGCUCUUCACCAUUUAUAUCGAGUACCGCUCACCCUCUACGGUACUCCCAGCACAUAUUUCGUCAUGCGUCAGAUGGACAUCACAGAAUUCAUCAGCGAGCAUUAUCUGCAGCGAAUCCAUCAUGGUGUUUUGCGACUAUCCCAUGCAAACAAGAAUUUUGUCCUCUCGCUCUUGGACAUAUGGGGUGCUGCGAACCAGCUAGAGCGACUCGAUGUGUAUCGCCCCAAGACUCAGCCUGAUAGUCAACACUGGAAAGUUGUAGAAAGCAGGCUCGGCACCUUCUCGAGUAUGGUUCCGGUUAUAUUUCACGAGGUUGAUAGUCUGUCUAAAGUCAAGGCUCCCAGUGCGAUUUAG